GGAAAACAAAAAAUAUUCUCAGUUUCCCAUUAACCUUCUCCUCUUUUGAUUAGUAACUAAGCUUUGGGAUCCUGCAAAAAAAAAUAAAAAAAUUUGGAUAGGUUGACUCAUCAACAGGUGAUGAUGGCAGAAGCAAUCCCAUUUGGCAUUGCAGAAAGCAUGCUGCUGAAGUUGGGCUCAUCAGCUUUCCAACAUGUAGCUUUGAUCUCUGGAGUUAAGGAUGAAGUAAGAAAGCUUUCCAACACAUUAACAGCCAUUGAAGCUGUACUCACGGAUGCAGAUGAGCAGCAAGAAAAGAGCCUUUUGGUGCAAAACUGGAUCAAGAAUCUCAAGGAAGUUGUGUAUGAUGGUGAUGAUAUCUUGGAUGAAUUCUCAACCAAAGCUUCCAUAACUGAAGCUGACUUGCUUGGAAGAGUGAAAAAUCAGGUAACUCAGUUCUUCUCUUCCUCAAACCAACUUGCUUUUCGGUAUAAUAUGGCAAAAAAGAUAAGAAAGAUCAGAGAGAGAUUGGAUGAGAUUGCAUUUGAGAUGGCCAAGUUUAACUUUAGGGUGAGGUCAGUUAAUGUUAGAGUUGAAAACAAGGAGAGAGAGCAAACACAUUCUUAUGUGUUAGCCUCGAGUGUUACUGGAAGAGAAGAAGAUAAGGAGGAAAUAGUGAAGUUAUUGAUGUGCUCAAGUGAUCAACAGCCUGUUUCUGCUAUUGCAAUUGUUGGUAUUGGGGGUCUUGGCAAGACUACUCUGGCAAAGUUAGUCUAUAAUGAUGAAAGGAUAGUGAGAAAUUUUGGCCUAAGAAUUUGGAUCUCUGUUUAUAAUCAGUUUAAUCUAAAGUCAAUCAUGGAAAAAAUCUUGGCAUGCGGGAUAGAGUUUGACAAUUUUGAAAUGGAGGCAGAAAAAAAUCGAGUGACAGAAAAGCUAGAGAUGGAACAGUUGCAGAUUCUUGUUCGAGAGAAACUUAGUGGAAAGAAGUAUCUGCUGGUAGUAGAUGAUGUUUGGAGUGAAAAUCGUGACAUAUGGAUUCAAUUGAGUGAGUUGCUGCAAGGUGGUAGAUGGGGAAGUAAGAUUGCUGUAACCACUCGUAGUCAGAAGGUUGCAUUUGCUUUGGAUGCAGAAUAUACGUAUAUGUUACAGGCCUUACCAGAAGAUGCAAGCUGGAAUUUGUUUAAGCAACUGGCAUUCAGAAAAGGGCAAGAGGACAAGCAUCCUAGCCUUGUGCAGAUUGGAAAAAAUAUUGUCAAAAAGUGCCAUGGGGUACCACUUGCAAUAAGAACUUUAGGAAGCAUGCUGAGAUGCAAAAGAGAAGAGAAUGAGUGGUUAUCCAUUCAGGAAAAUGAAAUUUGGGAAUUACAUGAUGUUAUGAACAUAUUGAAGUUAAGCUAUGACCACUUGCCUAGUAAUUUGAAGCAAUGCUUUACUUACUGUUCAUUGUUCCCAAAAGGCUAUGUGCUUGAAAUCAAGAAUCUGAUCCAACUAUGGAUGGCACAAGGCUACAUUCACCAAUUAGGAAUGGGAGAUCAGUUGGAGGAUAUCGGCCUACAGUAUUCUGAAGAGUUACAGUUGAGAUCUUUCUUUCAGGACGUCAAAAGAGAUGACAGCAACAACAUCACAAGCUGCAAAAUGCAUGACCUCAUGCAUGAUCUUGCAUGCUCAGUUGCAAAACCUGAAUGCUGCGUUGCAGAUUCUGAUGGAAGCAAUAUCUCUGAAAGAGUUCACCAUGUAUCUUUUAGAAGUUAUUUGCCUGCAUCGUGGACUCUUCCCCCAUCCUUGCUCAGAGUUCAAAAGGUAAGGACACUUCUGUUGCCUCUUCAUUACCAUACGGGAUGCAGCAUUGCCAAUGUGGCCUUUGAUCAAUGCUUGAGGCGCUUGCGCGUGUUGGAUCUACACAACCAAAGGAUUCAAAAGUUGCCAAGAGGCGUAGGAAAUUUAAAACACUUGAGGUACCUUGAUCUCUCGAAGAAUGCGCUGACUACUCUUCCUAAUUCUAUAAGCAAGCUCCAGAACCUACAGACCUUGAAACUGGAUAGAUGUUAUAAACUUGUAGAACUACCAAACCAGAUAACCAGAAUAGUUAGUCUGAGACACCUUGAGAUUAGUAAAUGCAGCAAGCUGACUCACAUGCCACUGGGGUUUGGGAAAUUGACAUCUCUCCGAACACUACCAAGAUUUGUCAUAGGCAAAUCUUCCAUGUCCAAAUCUGGAGGGCUGAAUGAAUUGCAUGAACUAAACCAUCUUAAAGGAGAGUUAACGAUUAUGAACCUUGAGCGUGUGGGGAAUACUAGAGAAUGUGAAGCUUCAAAUAUGAAGGACAAAAAGUACCUCUGUUCUUUGAGAUUGAAUUGGAGCAGAGAAACUAAUGAUGACAUGUAUGAUGAUGCAGUAGUGAUGGAAUGUCUUCGUCCUCACAAAAAUCUCAGAGAAUUGCAUAUAUCUGGAUAUGGAGAUGUUAAAUUUCCAACUUGGAUGAGUGCUAGAAUAACUUCAGUGCUUCCAAAUCUUGUAAAUAUUUCCAUUGAGAGCUGCUCUUACUGCCAAGAACUCCCACCAUUCGGUGAACUUCCUUUUCUGAGAGUUCUCAAACUUUAUUCCUUAAAUAAGCUCAAUUUCGUCUGCCAUAACUCAACCUCUUCCUCUUACUUUCCCUCCUUAAAAGAGCUUGUACUGUUUGACUUGCCUCUGUUGAGUGAUUGGCCGAGAAACUCAAUAGUCAAUCAAAUGAGGGAGAUGACAAUUGAACCACAAAAGAUCCAGCAGCGUAAUUCAAUGCAUGAAAUGCAAGGCUUUCCAUCCCUCACCAAGUUGACAAUCAUAGACUGCCCAAGGUUGAUGUCACUGCCCUGCCCUCCAUCUUUGGAAGAACUGGUGAUCCACAAUAUUACAGAGGAACUUCAGAGGUCACUAAUUUCUGUACAAGCAAUAUCCUUAUCCAGUCUUCCUGAAUAGAAAUGUAAUUCGUGAGGAUCCAAAAUCCUUUCAAGUGGAGGAGGCUGAAAUUCUAGUUUCUCUUUAAUAAAUAUUUGUAGUUAUGUCGUCAUUCUAAUUUUAAUUAUUUUUGCUAGAA